AUGAUUAAAUUGAUUAUUUUUUCUUGUUUUUCUCUAAUUAACCUAUUGAAUAUUAAAUCUGAUGGGAUGAAAGUUAGUAUUUUAGUAAAAAUCAAAGACGAUUGGCAAGAAAAAAGAGAAUUUAUUUAUUUAAAAAAUGUAGAAUUAGAAGAGCGUUUUGUAUUGGAAAAAAUAGAAAGGAAAUAUAAAUAUGCUUGUAGUCUAAAAUAUAAUAUUGAGGGAUUUUUGUGUCGAAUUGACGUAAACCAUGAAAGAAAUAAUUAUAAAGUUGAGAUACAUGAUAGAUCAGACUAUGCUGAAGAAUUAAAAAGGAAAGUUUUGAUUAAUAUUGCCAAAAAUAAAUUUAUUCAAAAUAUUCAUCCUGGAUCUGAUAACCAGGUAUUUUAG